AUGGCCGGCUCGUCAUUGACGCCUAUCGCGCCGGAUUUGGUGAUGCACAGUCCGCACGUCCCACGCGAGGCUGGCGGCGCUGGCGCCGGCGGUGAGACGUAUCGACCACGCGCGAGUGUCGUGGAAAUGAUCAAUGGCCACGAACAGCAGGUAUACCUGGUAAGCGAUGACGAGGACGAUGAUCAAGACGGGCCACCCCCCGCCUCACCCCUAGCACAGCCGCUCACCGCGCCACGCCCAACGACGAUGACGACGACAGGCAAACGCAAAGCGCAGGCGCCGUGGGAGUUCACGGCCACCUCUGCCGUAGACGAGGGCCCGGCGAAACGACGGCGGCAUGAUCCCCCGUCGUCCAUGGCGCUCUCUACGCCCGUGACACCGCAUCUACACCACCCUGCCCUGCACCAACCCCCGCCUUCGCAUUAUCACAUGCCAACCAUGAACGAGCCGGCAGCCGCGGCCUCUAUAUACCCCAUUCCAGAGACCCUUUUGUCGCCCUAUGCCAAGUCGCAAUCGUCGUACGCGGCCGCCGAGGCAUGGCGUCCCUCGUUUGCGUCAUCCACAACAACGACGACUGUGCCUCGCGUUGAGCAUGUGCCCUUGGAUGACAAGGAUGGGCAUAUUAUCGUACGUGAGGGCGACUACAUCACACCACGCUACCAAAUCCGCCGUUUGCUGGGCCAAGGCACUUUUGGGAAGGUCGUGCAGUGCUACGAUCGCAAGCAGCAUCGUGAUGUGGCGAUCAAAGUGAUUCGUGCGAUCCAGAAGUAUCGCGAUGCCAGUCAGAUUGAGAUUCGGGUGCUCAAGUGCUUGCGCCAGAACGAUCCGAGCAACAAGUACCGGUGCGUGCAGCUCCUAGAGACACUCGACUUCCGCAACCAUGUAUGCAUUGUGUCUGAUCUUCUGGAUCGCAGCGUAUUUGAUUUCCUGAAGGACAACAAGUUCCAGCCGUUCCCCUGCCGCGAUAUUUGGUCGUUUGCACACCAACUGUUGAAGAGCGUGGCUUUCUUGCACCGUCUUUCGCUGAUCCAUACGGAUCUCAAGCCCGAAAACGUCUUGUUGGUGGACUCUGCCUUUGACGUCGUACCUACGUCGCGGCGGUCCAAUGCACGCAAGAAACGCGUGCUCCGAAACUCGGAGAUCCGCCUGAUUGAUUUCGGCAGCGCUACCUUCAGCGACGAGUACCAUUCUGGGGUCGUAUCGACCCGGCAUUACCGCGCCCCUGAAAUUAUUCUCGGAAUGGGAUGGUCGUUCCCUUGCGACGUGUGGUCCAUUGGAUGCAUCCUCGUAGAGUUCUACACGGGGGAAGCCCUCUUCCAAACACACGACAAUCUGGAGCAUUUGGCCAUGAUGGAAAUGGUGCUGGGCAAGCUGCCUGACGAUUACCGACGCAAGGCGGAGACAUACAAGCCCGAUUACUUUAUGCAUGGACGCUUGGACUACCCGCGCCACGAUACGACCAAGCAGAGUCGCCGAUACGUUCAAAGCAUGAAGCCAUUGGCGGAUAUUGUGGCAGGGCCCUCUGCGUACGCCAAGCAUGCCCGGGAAUUUGUGUCGCUGUUGCGGCGCUUGUUGGAAUACGACCCUGCGAAGCGCAUUACUGUGCAAGAAGCUUUGGAACAUCCCUACUUUAUGUUACAACCCCACGAAUUGCCACCCUGA